AUGGAAACCCAAUCAGCCGCUGUUGCAGUCAUUCUGCUAAUGUUUGCAUCGCUAGCAGCCAGCUUUCGGACCGAAGAGUACUGCCCUGAAGAAUGCCACUGUGGUUUCGAGGGUGUGGAUUUCUUCGUAGACUGUUCCGGACUUGGACUAACGGAACUACCGCAAUUUCCGGAACUAGACGUCCAAAUACUCGACCUGUCGGAAAAUUUCUUCACCAGUGUGCCGACUGAGUUGUCGCAGUUUACGAAGCUUCGUUAUCUGGACCUCUCGUCAAAUCUUAUAGUGGAUCUUCCACCCCACGCACUGGAUGGACUCGACUCGCUAAAACAGCUUAAUUUAGCACAGAACAACAUAUCGAAUUGGGCCAGUAUUUUUCCGAAUGAACUAUUACAGAAAACCCUAUAUUUGGAAGAGCUCAGUCUAGCCGAGAAUCAGUUUACAAGUUUCUCCAGCAAUGAUGCCUCGCUGGUCCUGAUCAGCGCUUCAUUGCGCUAUCUUGAUUUGAGCAACUGUAAAAUCACCAAAGUCUCCGGCAGGGAAGUGAUUCAAGGCAUGCCAGCAUUAGAGCACCUGAAGCUAAGCGGCAAUCCAAUUCACGGGAUUUCCGAUAUGUCUUCCACCAGUUUGAAGACACUGGAUAUGAGCAACUGCAAACUUAGCACGCUGCAGCCAACCGCUCUGAACGGGUUGGAAUCUUUAGUCUAUUUAAAUCUGGCCAAAAACUAUCGGCUGUCACUGUCUUUCCAUGGAAAUGUGACGUCGCAGAGUUUGAAGCGAAUUAACCUCUCCAACUGUAAUAUGGAUUCGAUUGAUUUGGCAGGCUUUCCUAAUUUGAUGACAGCGAUUUUGAGAGGAAACAUGAUCCGGCAGUUGACGAGGGAUAGUUUUGCUCCGAACUUGCUGCUGGAGAACAUUGACUUGUCGUCUAAUGCAAUUAAUUUCGUUCAGAAUGACGCCUUUCGGAGGUUGAUACACUUGAAAAACUUAGAUCUGUCCUUCAACAUGAUCAAACAGAUCGACGGUAAAAUGUUUAAGGACAAUGAACUGCUAACGAAUAUCAAUCUUAGUCGUAAUUAUUUCUGGCGAUUGCAAAGGAUUACGGCAACUUCGUUGGCUCAUCUGAACAUGAGUUGGAGUGAAAUUCUCGCCAUCGAUGCCGACGCUCUCGGUGCGAUGCCUUCGCUGGUUGAUCUUGAUUUAUCUGGAAAUUUGCUGUUCGAAAUACCGGACAGUAUCGCGUCGGAUUCGCUGCAAACGUUGGACCUGAGCAUGUGUCGAAUAACGACGUUCCGGAAUACGACCCUGUCCGGUUUACCGGCGCUGUUGAGAAUCAAUCUCUCCGGUAAUCGGUUCACCACUCCGUUUCGGGUCGAUUUUUUCGACCAUAAUCCUUAUCUUAGUGACGUUUGGCUGGGUGACAAUCCGUGGCGCUGCGAUUGUCGUGAUGCUGAAUUUUUUCACUUUUUUCUUUUCUUGACGGAACCCCCCAGAAGGGUAAACGAUAGGAAACAGUUGCGUUGCACCAGUCCGGAAGACUUCUACGGGGCCACUUGGGAAGGAGCUUGUCGAUCGGUUUGGUAUCCUCCGGACGUCAUGGGUACCACCGAACGUAUAUGGACCUUCUUUAUGUUGGCUAUUUUGGCGUUUUUCGGAUUCUUCUGCAUGUACUCGAUAAUUCGAAAAUGUAUCGACUCUCGGCGAAAGCUAGCUGCUGAACGUGAACGUCAGGAAAAUAUUCAAGAAAUGCGAGAAAUAGCUCGCGAUAAUCAACUCCGUAUGCGUCAAGAGGCUCAACUGAAUGCCCCGGAUAUUCGUGAGUCGCGUCCUCCGGCCUACGAAGAUGCCAUUCUGCUUCCAAAAUUGGACGCAGCUUCGUUUGCGUCACUCGAUGAGUUGUUGUUAAGAGGGAAACGUAAGAAAAAACGCAGACAACGUCAAUCCAACGAAGCCGUGAACACCACCUCCAACGAGGAAGACGAACCGGUAGAUCUAAACCCUAGCAAUCGAUCACGAAGCGAAAAUGUUCUUUCCAUCAGAGGGACAAUCUACCAGGAUCCCAGGGAUGCCCUGAACAGAGAAACCAACUCCCCCAUCUAUCAAAGACCAACGUCGAAUCGAACCGUAACUUCAACCAUAAUCGCUAACGUCCACGCUUCCCCAUCUUUCGUUUCCCGAAAUUCCCAACCGGUUCAGGAGCCAGCUGCAAUCGAAGAAGAGCUUCACUAUCAUUCAACCGACAUUCUAGAUGGCCUAAAUCAAUUCAACACUUCUACGGUCAGUUCAACCGAAUCACGUCGGGUCACAAAUGCGAUCCAACAAAGCAGCAGCUCAGCAGCAGGAGCGGCCCAAUCGAAUAUCGAACCAAUCCAAAACUUCAACGAACGAAGCUAUGAAAACAGUCCGUACGCACGACGCAAGAUCAAACCCCUGCAGCAUUUAGACCCGAACGGUAGCAUCGAAGAAAUAACCGAUUUCGAAGAGGUGGAAUCCAGCCCGUAUGCCCAGCGUCGGAUAAAGCACAUGGCCAGCUUCAAGGGGGAACGCUCCGAUAGGCCACCUUUACCGACCAGUUUGCCACCGACAACGCUGACGGCCAGCAGGAGCGAUGAGCUGGAGAUACUGGUAGUGGAAGACUACUUCGCCACGGAGCAGCCCGUAAGGAGUGAUCUGGACGAAUAUGCGCUACUCACCGACGAGGAAAGCCGCAAACCGCUGACCGGGGCUGGAAGCAGUAAACAAUCCGGUGGUGGCGGAACGGAAUCCAGCGAUAGCAGCAGUAUUGAAGUUAUUCCCAAUCGUUCCGACAAGUGA